CUGACCAAUGAUUUUGGAGAAAAUAAGUCAUGUGGUCGGCAACCAAUGGUUUACAAAAUGGCUGCCGAACAAGUUUGCACAAAUAUGACACUAAUCUUAAACCAAAUCUGAAAGAGUAUUAUACAUACAAACACGUGGAAUGAAAUUCAGUUUUAAAAUCCAAAGAAAAUACUUUGAAGAGAACGUGGGACCAUGGAAUUUAGAUGUGGGGGUUUACUGUUCACCUCCAAGUUUGACUCAGGCAACCUUGCCAGGGUGGAAAAAGUUUCCAGAGAUGAAGAGGAGGAAGAAUCUUCAGGAGGAAAGUAUUUUAGUGAAUUGAAGCCAGACUAUGAAUUCAAUGUGUGGACUAAACCUGAUUGUGCAGGCACAGAGUUUGAAAAUGGAAAUAGAUCUUGGUUCUACUUUGGCAUUCGUGGAUGGAAUCCCGGUCGCCUCAUUAAGAUUAACAUUGUGAACAUGAAUCGACAGGGCAAGCUCUACAGUCAAGGUCAUUCACCAAUCGUUAAGACAGUACCUGGUAGACCUCGGUGGGAACGAAUCCGAGACAGACCGGCAUUCGAGACAGUGGAUGGUGAGUUCAUCCUAAGUUUCACGUACCGGUUCCCAGAGUUUCGAGGUGCUACCUCCUACUUUGCAUUCUGCUAUCCCUGGUCAUACACAGAGAGCCAGGACGUGCUUCAGGAGCUCGACAAGAAGUUUCAGGAUUGUAAGAAUCUCACCUCUGACAGCCACCCUGACUCCAUCUACUACCACCGGGAGACUCUGUGCUACUCCUUGGACAAGCUACGCAUUGAUCUGAUCACCAUAUCCUCCUGUCACGGGCUCCUUAAUGAGUCCGAGCCUCACUUUGACUGCAAUCUCUUCCCUGAGCGAAACACUGAACAGAGGUGUAAGAAGUUUAAAGGAAAAAAGGUGUAUAUGCUGACAAGUCGUGUUCACCCAGGCGAGACCCCGGCAAGCAUUGUCUUCAAUGGCUUCCUAGAAUUUUUACUUCGAGACAAUGACACUCGUGCCAAAGCGCUACGAAAGAAUUUUGUUUUUAAACUGAUCCCCAUGCUGAACCCUGAUGGAGUCUCAAGGGGGCAUUACAGGACGGACCAGCGAGGGGUCAACCUGAACCGGCUGUAUCUUGACCCCAGUUGCGAGCUUCAUCCUGCCAUUUAUGCAUCGAAAAGUGUUCUUGUGUACCAUCAUAUCAUGAAUAGGGUGAUUCUGGCGGAGGACACUGUGAAUAUUAAUUUGAACUUUCCAGGGGGUUUUGCUCUCUCUAGUCAGGAUAGUUAUAAUCUGUUAAAAAAAGUGCCACCAGAGAAAUUGAAAGACAAAUCAAAAGGGGACAUAAGCGAAAGUGCGAAUGUAAAUAAUAACUCAGCGAGGAGUUUGAGUAACGGUAGCUCAGUCAGUAUGACAGGUAGUGAUGCAACUGUUAGAAGUGCAAAUGAACAAGUUUCCAUCGGGUAUGGCUCAAAGUCAUACACGACCAAUCGGACGCCUAGGUUCACACCAAGGUACCACAAGGAGCACUUUACGCCUAGAGAGACUGAAACAAGUGGCCGCCAUUUACAGAAUGGGGACCUUGAUAUUUAUACGUUAGAGAAUUCAAGCUAUAAACAGUCAGUAUUAAAUACUAGUGACUUGCAGCCUUCUAAGCAUUCUGGUGUACCACGACACAGCAUUACAAAAUCAGACACAUCGAAACAUGUAGGUCCGAAAGUUGAGAGACUGAAUCUGGGCGAUUUAGUUGAAUCUGAUAGUGACAAUGCCCUUAAACCGGAAAAAUCUUACGUUGGGGAAUCUAUAAGAAUUAUUUCCUCAACGUCAAGUUUUGCUAGUUUUCUACCAGAGAAAGAGAGGGUAGAUAGUGAACUUCGAUUGAGAUUAUCGCAAAUGACAAUGUCCGAUGAUAUGCGCGACCGACUAUCGAAAGGGUUUAGUGUUUUAAGCGAAAAUAUAAUUGACUCUGAUGAUGAUUCUGAUCCGAAUACUGAAAACCUUGGAAAUGAGGGCUCAGAAGACGAAGGUGAGAAUGUUCCAGUGUAUACAGGAACAAAUGCUCCACAUUUAGCGCAUGAGAGUUUGAAAGACAUCCAGCCCUCCGAAAGUGGAAUCGCAUUUUACGUGGAUUUACACGGGCAUGCUUCCAAGCGUGGCUGUUUUAUUUAUGGAAAUUACAUUGAACAUGAGGAUACUCAGGUAGAGAACAUGCUUUUUCCAAAGUGCAUCUCCAUGAACACGGCUCACUUCGACUUCACUGGCUGCAAUUUUACGGAGAAGAACAUGUACACAAAGGAUAAGAGGGACGGCAGUUCAAAGGAGGGCAGUGGUCGAGUGGCCAUCUACAAGGCCAUAGGCAUAAUACACAGCUACACCCUGGAGUGCAACUACAACACUGGAAGGAUGGUGAACACUGUCCCUGCGGCCUAUGGGGACGAGGGUAGGGCAACACCCCCUCCUUUAGCAGGCUUUCCACCCAAAUACACUAUGGCACAUUUUGAGGAGGUUGGCCGGGCACUGGCCAUUGCUGCAUUAGACAUGUAUGACGUGAAUCCCUGGUCCCGUCUGACCCUGUCAGAGCACACCAGCCUGACUGGGCUGAGAGAGGCUGUGAGGAGAUACCUGCGGGGGCUAAGGGGCCUGCCCAGGGGUCCCAGAAAUGUGAACAAGCCUCUCUCUAGGACGAACAGCAUUAGUGGACCCCCAUCAAAUCAGAACAACAAUCGUGGUCGCUAUGGAGGUGCCGUUGGUGGUGUUGGCAGUGGAAACACGAGUGAUUCCUCGAUACAGUUGCGGCAGACAGUUUCUCGGCAGAAUCUUAGUGAGAGCAAUAUAAUGAACCAGAGUGUGGUGUCCCGGUACGCCAAGAGAGACUCUGCCAACGUUGUUCGGAGGGAAUUAGGACCUGUCAGGGAAACAGCAUCUCGCACAUCAAUAGUACAAGCUCGUCGUAGGGCUGUCAACCAAUCCAACCAACUGGUCAGCAGGUCGGCGCCCCAGACCUCAUCCUCAACUGGAUUGCAACCGGUCAGUCUCACUAUGACAACCGGGCCACCAGAAUCGCGCCAGUUCUCAGCUGGGAGCGCUGUGAAUCAGUCAUCUCACGUGGAAGAGGAAGAAAAGGUGGAACAGCUGAGAAGCAUGCACACCCUAAUGGCCCUGGCUAGAAGAAGUGGGAACCAGAACAGCCGUAUCCCACUUCCCACUGGACGGCACUUCCUCAAUCUGUCUCCCACUGACCUCCCACCUCCCCGUACCCCAAUCACCAACAAUCUUCGCCCACCCAAGUCAGCGACCAAUCGAAGGCCCAAUCAGGUCCUUGAUAGGUCACUUCCUCUUGAGUCUCCCUCCACCCACAGGACUUUGACUCCAGUUGGACAGUUGAAGUCCAGCGAGUCCAGAGAGAGCCGAGAGGUCCUUGACCUUCACAAAGCCAGUGCGACCAGUCUGACCAGCAACACCUCCAGCAAACCCAGCCUCAUAGAGGCCAACAUAAGUGCUAAUGCCAGUGAACCCGAUUCUCAGAAGAGACGCAAACGAUACACAUUCAUUAAACGUCGUAACCUGAACAAUCCUGUUUCAAAUAUGAACAAAGCCUCAAGCAUGGUAAACUCUAGAGGCAUUGGCAGACAAGGUAGCACGGCUGACUCAGGGAGUGAAGUGGACAAAGCAAGUAAAUCUAAACGAAGGCGAAGGAAGUCGUCGAGGAAAAAUUUGACCUUGGCGUCUCCCUCUUCAGAUGAACCAGAAGUGAUCCAAGGAUCUAAGUUCAAGCCUGUACCAGUGGAUUUUAGUUUGAUCACUGGAGUGGGCGUGGCAGGAAACGCUGUGACCUUGUCACCGAGACAUUCAUUCCCAGGAGGAGAGGGGGGGUUCCCAGGGGGCGGAACCACAGGGGGCGUUAUCCGGGCUGCUCGUAGACAGCUUCCAGCAACCCCCACCAGCCGACCUCCAUUCUCCAGAAAUGGCACCGGUGUGGUCAAUCUAGAGACAUAUCUACGUUCAGCCGCUGGAAACUUACGCCCAACAUCUCGCUCUGCGGCAAUCAACCCAAAUAAAUUGUCCAUAUUCUGGAGCGAAUUCUGAUAUCAGUGGGCAUGACGUACAGAUCAGUUUGAAAAUUGGGGAAAUGUUCAACUUUAUGAACUUUCUUCAUGGAAGUUUUCUAAAGGUUGAAUGUGAAACUGGAUUAAGUCUUAAAUCUUCUUAGGUCAGAUAGAUUACUUUCACCUGUAUUCAAUAUAUUUAGCUUCUAAAAUAGUCAUUAGCCAUGACAGGACAACAUUCGGAUACAUUUACUAAACCUCUUUCACAAUCCAUGUUUUGAACCCUUGUUUGUUCAGAAUAUGCCAUCUUUAUUGAUUGACUGUUGAGAGAUUUGGUAAGCCAAACUUCUGAUGCAUUAUUAAUGCGGCAUAUCAUUGAUUCUGUGUUCUUAUUGUAAGAACCAUGCUGCUAAAUGGUUUACAUGUGGGUGGUGUUAGUUUUUGUUGUACUAACAGUAAUCCAGUAAUACAAAUGGAAUCCUGUACUGAAUUCCAAUGGAUGUAAAUGUUUGCUGAAAAAUUAUUAUUUAUUAUGUGGCUCAUUUAAGUGUGUAUAUUUAUAAAAAGGUAAUUCUAACUGCCAAUUCUGGCACAGUAUAAAUGGUAAUGAUAACAUUUAUUUAACAUUUAGCUAUUUGCUCAAUCAAAACAUACUACACUGCUCUCACCACCAUUACUUACUAUUUGACUUGCUUCUCCAUUUUCAAUAAGAACAAGUGGUUCAACAAUAUCCUAGAACUGUGUCUUUCCAAUGCGUUAAUGUUCCUUUUAUGUAGAGUGUUUGACAUUUUUACAAGUUUGUUCAAUGGUCCCAUGUUAAUGUCUUUGUGCCAUCAUUUUUAUUUUGCAAAAAAAGUGCAUAUUGAUUUUUUUGUAACUUUUUUUUACUUCUAGUGCUGUAAUUGGUUUAAAGCAUCAGUAAUUGUGAUGAAUUAUUGCUUUUAAAUGCCACAUAUAAAAAGUGCAUGUUAUUUGUAUUUUGGAGUCCAAUGUGUUUACAAAGGUGAAUUAGAAUUUUUAGAAGCUUGUAAGCAACAAUCAUUUAAGAGCAGAUUGUCUAAAUAAGCUUAUAAUUUGUAUAAUGUUUUGAAACCACAGCUAAAUUAGCUGGAUUUAUAAAAAGCUGGACUACAAAUCUGCUGAUUAUGCUGCCUUAAGCAAAAAAUUUGUGUGGUGAUUGGUCAUGUCACUUUCUACAACCAUUCUCCCCAUACUUCUGAUUAAAGUAGGAAAGUUGUCAUUUACUUGGGGUAAGUAUGCAAACUCAAUAUUGGUCAACUGACUUUCCAAGGAAAGUGUAGGUUGGUUAACUGACUGACAUGAUAUGACUUACCUAGCGUUGAAAACAGUGACACGCAUAUCCAAGCAGACAAAACAAACAAAACCUUAUAUCUUAGCAAACCCAGGUUUUGACCUGAACAUAGGACUAUUUUUUGGCUUAGACUUAUUCAGAAGGUCAACAUUCUUUGUUAACCUUUCAUAAGGUUCAAACACUUGGUUUGAUUAACAUAAAUAUUUCUACCUAAACAACUUUGAUACUCUCAUGCAAGACUAAGCACACAGGUCUCCUUCCGGCAUUUUGACCCUGUCAUUAACCUUUUGUUAUUUAUUGGGGCCAGUGAAUCAAUACCGACAAGGCGUCUACUGGGGACAUCAAUGUUUAUUGAAUGCAUCAUCUUGUUUUAAAAUUUUCCAUUUUAAUGUACAUGUACUAACUUAAUUGUGGGUUGCUGUGAUGUAUCUAAUUGAAUAUUGUAAAUAGAUUAAAAACAAACCUGUGUCCUGCCUUGUUUUCAAAAUGUGUUCUGUUAGUGUUUGUGUAAUUUUUAAGACAUGAUUAUUGGAGGUUAAGAAGGCAAAAGUAUUAUAUUAACUUACCAGAGUAUUUAUUAUAUAUUUAAAGUGCUCCUUGUACACCAUAUUUUAAUUUUGUCUGUGAUAUUAAAGUGGUGUUGUAUUGCUCCACAUAUACAUAUUAAUUUAUUUUCACUUGUUUAUAUGACAUAAAAUUAUAUACACAUAGCUGUUUCUUACUGUACUAUAUUCAUUAAUUCAUCUGCAUAUUUUUUAUUGAAUGUCUUCAUAAGCUUCUUAGCAUGAACACAAUUUUAUUAAGAGUGGUACUUAUGCACUUCAUGUAUGUUUCCGUAUAGUUUCAAUUUAGAUCAUUGUUCUAUAGGCUGAUCUGAUUCUUGCCAAUUAUUUCAAUGAUUGAAUAUCCUAAUUUGGAGUUUGAUAGAUGUCCUGCUACAUACUGAUAUUGACAUAGGUUUCAUUUGUUUUUGAUUAAACUUAUUUGUACUUGCCAUAUCCAAUAAUAGAAUUCUCUCAAAGUGUUUAAAAUGUUGUUAAACAUUAGAAUUAAUUCACUUUGUAUUUCUUAUCAUUGUUCACUCAUAAACAGCUUAAACCUUUUUUGCUUGCAAAUAUGCAUUUAUAAAUGUUUAAGUAUGUAUUUGUUUAUUUUUGCAUUAUCUUGUAUUUGUGAUGUCCCUUUGACAAAUUUAUCACUCAAAUGACAAUUUAAUUGGUUUUGCAGUUUAAUGUAUUGGUUACACAGCAAAUCAAAGUAAGUUUUGUAUUUUAAUAACAACAUUUAAAAGUUAAUUGUAAAGAUAGGCUUUAAACCAGGUUUUGAGAUUGUAUAGGCCUUACACGUAGUUUUUGAGUGGAAAAUGGGGAGAAAAUAAUCGGGAAGUCAAAAUUACAAAAUUUAUAAGUUUAAAAAAUCUGUGCAGUUAAGUCAUUUUUAAUCCUUUACUGCUAAGAAAUAAUGUCAAAAUUUCUAUAUGCAGCAAGCAUACAACCAGAGCCUGCAUGUAACACACAGGUUUUUUAGGUUUAAAUACUGUUUGCUGCGCAUCAAUAUCUUAAGACGGCUUGAAAACUCAAGCUUGUAGAAUGGUAUUUAAUUUUAUUUGAAAAGGGACUACAAACGCAUAUCUAAUCGGUAAAGGGUUAAACAAAAAGACUCGUAUCAUAUUGAAAACAAAAUGCUUGUCAUGUUUUGUUCUGCAUUAUGAAUUAUUAAUACUUUUAAUACAUCUUUUAAUUGGCCUGACUUUAAAUGUCACUUUUUAUAUAUUUUAGUCAUCAAUAUGAUUUACAUUGUUUCAUAAUACAUUAAAGAAUAUAAAUUAAAGGUAAAAACUAUUUUAGAAACAUGGUUUUUACAAGGAUAGUUAUAUGUUUUGUAUGAUUAUUUUUUAAACUAUUUAAAUCAGAUCAGCAUGCAACUUGGUUAUAAUGUUUUUGUGCACAAUAUCUAAGCAAGAUUAAUAACAAGCUAGAUCGCAUUAAGCAUUUGUGAAUAAUAUUAAAAAAUUGAAUUAAAAAAGAGCCACAUUUACAUUGUCUGAACUGUCACUGAAUUAGUCCACAUCUAAUCAUGGUAAUAUUUGAAGACAUAUAAUCUCUACCAAGUUUAAAAACCAGAAAAUUUCAUGAAGCACUCAUGAGUUAUGGCCCUUGAAAUAUCAACAAUUUGCCAAAUAAUAGUUGUUUGCUCUUUAGUGGUUUCCAUUCAAUUACCUCAUUUUGCAUUAACAUACCUUGCCAAAUACUUAAGUUUUGUUGGCAGUACUUUGCUGACAUAUUGUGUAUAGGUAGAGAACCUGGAGACCUAUUAUUAAAUUUGGUUAAUAAUGCUAAACUUUAAAUGCAUUGUUUCCUGGCAUUUCAUUUUUAUUUGUCAUUAUUUCCUGUGCCAUCAUUUCUACAAACAUUUAUUCAUCCUUCACAUAUCAAUGUAACAUAGAUCUUAAAACGAGUACAUUUCGUUACCAUUUGCACUCUUUUUGAGAUCGCAUAUCCACAGAUCCAAAUUAUUGUAUAAGCCAGGCUUAUAUAAAAAGCAAACCAUAAAUUGAAUACAUAGAAUGGCAUUAAUAAUAUGAACACUAUAUAUUUAAAUAGAGUUUUAAAUGUUUUAGGGCCUUAUGUUUUACAAUAGGUGUAUAUGUUUUUUUAUUUAUGUUUAUUACUGUGUUAUGUGCUAUAGAACUUUGUCUGUUUGUCGUUGGAAUAAAUCUAUUAAGACUG